UCUCCUCAGACUGCAGCAGCCUGGGGGGGCCACCGGCACCCCAGCCUUCCAGCCACGGGGACCCCUGGGUGGCGCCCACACAGGGCAGUAUGGCCGCCACUGCCAGGGGCCCUGGGACACUUGGCUGUCCGCUCUGCCCCAAGGCUUUCCCGUUGCGACGCAUGCUGACGCGGCACCUCAAGUGCCACAGCCCCGCGCGCCGCCACGUGUGCCGCUGUUGUGGCAAGGGCUUUCACGACGCCUUUGACCUCAAGCGCCACAUGAGGACUCACACCGGGAUCCGGCCAUUCCGCUGCGGAGCUUGCGGGAAAGCAUUUACGCAGCGCUGCUCGCUGGAAGCGCAUCUCGCCAAGGUGCACGGGCAGCCGGCCAGCUACGCCUACCGCGAGCGCCGCGAGAAGCUGCACGUGUGCGAGGACUGCGGCUUCACCAGCUCGCGGCCCGACGCCUACGCGCAGCACCGCGCCCUGCACCGCGCCUGACACUGUGCACCCGCGUCCACCCACAACAGGCAAAUAAACACAGGA